UUCGAGUACCAGCCCCUGAAGUCAGGCGAGAGUACCGGGCGGCUGACCCUACAGAGCUCGGACCUUGGUUUGUUUCAGUAUGACCUUCUGCUGAAAGCUACACCAGCCGUGUCCGAGAAACCGCUUUACUUCCGGACGAUGCUUGGCUCCAGCCAGACUUUGAGCGCCAAGUUCAUCAAUUACACCCGCCAGAAGACGGAGUACAGCUGCAAGGUCGAUAACACGGAUUUCCAUGUUGAUAAGCUGGUUAUGGCAGCUCCAGGCUCACAGGGUGGAUCGGAGGUCAGCGUGGAGGUGACGUAUGAGCCAAUUCAGCUCGGAGAGUCACGCGCCAUCUUGUUCAUCUCUUCUCCACUGGGAGGCGAUUACACCAUUCCACUUUUUGGCUCAUCAUUGGCCCCCAAGCCCCAGGGCCCCAUCCAAGUUCGCUCUGGCUCCAACAUCUCAAUCCCUUUUAAAAACGUUUUCUUGCAGCCGACAACCUUCAGCUUCCAAACAGACCCUCCGGCUUUCGCUGUCAAACAGUGCGAGGCAGUACGCCCCAAGAAGACCCACCAGAUCACUGUGUCAUAUGAGGCCCCACCAGGAGGCAGCAAGGCCCCAGUGGCGGGAAGACUUGUGGUGUCAUGUCCUCGUGCCACCGGCACCGCCCAGGGCAUCUACUGGGUGUAUUACCUGAAAGGUGUGGCUUCAGAAAAGUGA